AUGCAAUGACGAAUGUCGAAUAUUUGAUGCUUUGGUUGAGAUUGGAUGAAGCAGAAUAAGUGCUCGUGAUUUUACCUAAAAUAUUAAAUAACCGUUAAAUUAUUAAUAAUUCUUUGUUAAUAUCAAUUUCAACAUGUCCUUACUAAACCACUCUCGUGUUUCUAUUAGUGUGAUUGCCAUAUUUAGUUGUGUGCUAUUGCUGGCCAAUAAUUAUGUGGAAGCUAAUGAAAAUGAAGCAGUGAGUGCAUCGAAAAUUGGCCGAGGAGUUGGACAUAUCAUGAACAUCUACUACUGCUACUCAUGUGGAUACAGGAAAGUAUUCGAAGACUAUGCCGGAAUCAUUUCCCAAAAAUAUCCAGACAUCUCGGUUAUUGGUGCCAACUAUGACCCUCCUGGCAUGAACAUGUACCUCUCAAGGAUGAUAGGUUUUGCAAAAAUGUUGCUGAUCAUGUGCAUAUUGAGUGGAGUGAACAUAUUUGCUUGGCUCAACAAGCCUCAGCCUGCCUGGUGGAGUUGGUGUCUGGAGAACAAACUCUACGCCUGCAUGAUGAUGUUCUUCCUUGCCAACAUGAUUGAAGGCCAGCUUGUCUCCUCCGGGGCAUUUGAAAUAUCUCUAGAUAACAUUCCACUAUGGUCUAAGCUAGAAACCGGAAGAAUUCCCCAACCACCAGAAUUGUUUCAGAUAAUUGACAAUACAUUACAAUUCUCCAAAAUGGAUAUGCCAAAGAACUUUGCACAAUAGGGUUUAGGGUUUGGUAAUUAGGAUAUUUUAUUCUUUCAAUUAUUUUCUUCCCAUCUUUAUUACUUGCAGAACUAUGAUCAAAUUAAAAUAACUUGUUUAAACCCAUACUAAAGUAUUUAGGCUAAUGUAAGUGUCCUACCUAUUCCAUAAGAUUUAGCUGAAUAUUUCUUUUUUGCUUGUUAAAUGAACACUGUUAAUGCAGAAGUAAUAAAUAGCCUGCACUGGUUGUGGGCCAAACCUGAACAAUAAGCAGAUUAGUAAUUACUAAUCAAUCAUGUCUACUGAAUACUGUAGUAUGGAGCAUAAACAUUAUUCUUCUUUUCUUGUCACUGUGGCAUACCAUUUAGAUACUUUUGGGUUUUAGACUUGGUUGUUUUGCUUUACUGAGUCGGUAUACAAAAGAAAAUUACUGCUUGAAAAGUAUUUGCAAAACUAUUCAAUUGGGUUUAUUUCAUACCUAAAAUUAGGUAUAUAUUUUGUUUUAAUGCAUUUCUGGUUAUAUUUUUGUACAAAGAUGUGGUAUUAUUUAUAGUAAUUUUGUUAAAGUACUAGAAUAAUGUGAUGUAGAUUCACAAAACAGCAAAAUACCAUAUUUGGUGUUUGCAAAUUGUAGCCAAAUAAUAAAUCAGGAUUAUUUUUUAUUUAGGAAUGGAUAUUGGAAUGAAAACUUGUUAUUUUUUAUGGACUUAUAUUAAAAAUGUUCAAGUAUUCACAUAAAGUUAAAACACCUUUAUUAUUGAAAAACAUUGCAUUUAGAGAACAGUUAUUUAUAAGACUAACACAACAGUAAUUUUCUAGUCACAUCGUAUUCAACUACUUACUGUACCAACAAUGAGACAAUGUCAAACACAUCUUUUGAAAACCAUAAAUAAAGUGAUUUAAAACAA